CCCCACCGGCGUAUCUAAUUUGAAGAAACCUAAUGGUAAGAGGACCCGUGUAUUUCGUUAUCUUAUUAUAAUAUCGGAGGCUUUGUGAUUUCUCAGACAAUGAUAACGAUCAUACAUAUUCUGCAGGUCCGAUAGUUGAAAGGGCGAAGUCAGUUGUAUCCUCCGGCGUUAGGGGCAAAGCCGCUGUCUCCUCUGACGUCAGGGGUAAAGCUAUUGUCUCCGUCAAUGUUAGGGAACUGAUGUUCUUCAAAGAUGUGAAUUUCGGUCCUCAUGAAGGCGAGGUGAGGUUUCGGUUGAUCCACUUUUGGGAAGCUCGAAAUGUUCUGACGAAGCUUCUUUUCGGUCUCGAGAUGCUUCUCAUCGACGAAGAGGGCACUGUUAUACAGGGCUUCAUCCCAUCUGCACGGAUUGAAACCUACUUGCCACACAUGAAAGCGGGUGGCAUUUACAGACUCAACAAUUUUUUCGGGUCUAGAAAUAAGACUCUGUACCGAGUAGCUGAGCCAAGUGUCGUUAUCACCUUCUCAUCAACAUCCGCUCUCUCUGUUCUGGAGAACAGUCCGGUCUGUUUCCCUGAUGACCGUUUCCGAUUCCAUGGAUAUGAAGAAUUCGAUGCUGCCUGCGACUUGAAAGGAGAUCUCUAUGAUUAUGUUGGCCACAUCAAGCUUGUGAAUGGGCAGGUUCUCAAUGACAGUCUCGUGCUAGAUGAAUCUGAGAUAGCUUCAACUCGCCGCAUUUUGCUUCAUGUUCAAACACAUGAGUAAGCUAAUACAUAUCUUCUUCUAUUUUCAUAUAUUGUUUCCCUUACCACGCGUGUUUUGGAUGUUGUAGAGGCCCCGUUAUAAAGCUAUACCUGUGGGACAAAGCUGCUUUCGACUUCAGUGAAAAAUUUAAAGCAUCUGGAGGAACUGCAAAAGUUAUUUUAGUCACCACGCUAAACCCGAAACGCUUUGGAGGUUUGUAUAUCAAUUUUUAUUUUAUUGUUAAAGAAAAUACAUAGGAUGGGAGUGAUUCUUAUCUGUGUAGUUUAGCUUUGAUGAAUAGAACUGCAGCCGAUUGGAUUUGUAGUUUAACAGCUUUGAGCGUUUGUAAAGUCUGUGAAGCAUUAGGUGUUGAGUAACUCGAUAGGUUCUGGGUAUCAUAAAUUAUAGAUGUGCAUAGUCUUCAUCUUAAUUUAUUAAGAUUUUGAUCUGUAUUACAUCAUUGGAACUGGUAUAGGUGCCCUAUCUCUAUCUUCCAUGGCCUCAUCACGUGUAUUCAUGGACAGUGAUGUCCAAGCAACCCGAGAUUAUCUUGCUUGGUAAGCAUACUGUUUAACAAAUAUUCAUUGUCUUCCAGAAUAGUAUUUAUGCUUUGACAUUGUCUUCAGGUUGGUCUCAAACUCGGAUGUCGCCAACAGAGUUGAUGCAGACGUUGUCACUAAGACUGAGACAGUGACCAUAGGCGAGCUCUUUUCUUAUAUGAAGCAAGUAGCUGCCAAGGUAGUUUAUUACCAAUGGAUAACACAUUAACUAUGAUAGUCUCUGUUUCUCACUUAAUUUUAAAACUUUUUUUGCAGGUUGCUUGGUUUGAGUGCAUAGCGACCGUUGCUGAUGUUGUGCACGGUUUAAGCUGGUAUUACAUAGGCUGCGGUGUGUGCCACACUAAGGCAACCAAAGGGCCUACCACCCUUAUGUGUAAGAAAUGUGGGAAGAGUGAUAUUGUCGGUGUUCCACAGUUUCUGGCCAAGAUCUCUGUGUACGAUAAGAGUGACCAGGCGUUUUUUUUUCUCCUUGGUGAUGCUGGUCACGAGUUGACUGGAAAGAAAGCUUCUGAAUUGGUUGAGAGCUAUUUUGAGGUAAUUACAGACCCACCAUCUUUGUUUUUUGAAACUGUAUUCUUACAAUAUAGUUAGAAAUGUGUAGUGACAAUUGUUUGAAUGUAUGUUAGGCCAAUGAGAGUGUAAGAGAUGAUCACAUAGUUCCAGUGCCUCAAGCUCUGUCUGAUACCAUAGGUCAGACUCGCAAGUUCAUUGUGAAGGUCUCAAAUCAUAAUUUGACUGGCAAGACCCAAUCUUUGACUGUGACAAAGGUUCUCCAUUCAGACGAUCCAGAACUUGAAGGCGAGCUGGAGGAAGAUGUGAUUAUCCCAGCCGCCCAGAAAACUUUGGAUGAUGGAGGUGCUGAGGAUGAUCCUUCCAUGGACUCUAAGGGCGAAAAGGUGAAAAGAGCUGCUCAAAAUGAUGAAGCAGGUGAUCCUAAACGAGCCAAAUGUGGCUAGGAUGUUUUAAGUGGUGGUGUUUAUGGUUACUAGACAUUUAUGCGUUUUUACUUUUCAAUUUCAAACUUCAUAUUUGCAACAAUUGAAUGUCUUUCUUGAAAACUCUUUUUGGUUAACUUAUGUUAUUGCUUUCUUUUUAAGUUUGGUUUUGCUCCA